UUUGCCAACAGAGCAGGAAUCAUGUCUUUCGUGGAAAGUUUGCCUGCCAUGUCUACUGACGCUCUGAAAUGCACUGUGCGCGUUCAGAAGCUACACGGCCUUCACGUCUAUUAUGACAUCCCGAGCAGGGAAGUAGUCGGAGAAUUCCCCGCCAACUUGUUCGCUGGAGCAUCGGUGGCGCUUUCCUUCUACGCCUACAACACGCCAGUCAGGUUCCGCGUUGCAAUCAUCCGUACUGGCGGUCACUACGUCGAGUUCGGGAUGUUUGAAAAUGAAUUUAAAGACAAGUUUAGUCAGAAGUACACUAAUCGUCAGGGAAAAGUGGCGUUCAAAACACAAGACAAGUCUACAAGCGAUCAAAAUCAACCAGUUCCUCACUACGACGUAGCAAUCGAUGUGACAGAGCCUGAUGUACACCACUGCAUGGAGUUUCGUUUUACUGCUGCAAGAACUACAGAGUGUCACGAGGAGUCGAAGAAUGGAGCGGCGGUCUCGUCUGAGCAGCGCAGCAGUAAUCCGUCUCCGAGACAGGAGAGCUGCUUCUGCGACGCCGUCUCCCUGUUCAUUCUCCAUGACACCACAAUGGGCUGGAACCCACUGGACAACAAGCCUGUGCCCUGCUUCGUACACAGUGUGGAUGUCUUCAUAUACUCGAAAAAUCUGAUCUUCAUCGGCCCAGGUGGUUCUAUAACUAUCACUGGGGAAUUCAAGAAAUCAGGAGACACCAGUGUAACUAUAGAGUCAAAACAAGCGACGACCGUGAAUCCGCCGAAGACCUUGUCGAAACCUAGUGGAGCCGAUGGAGAAGUCGACCUCGUGAUUUUCAACCGAGGACAUCUCCUGACAUGCCUUAUCGGCGGGAAGGAAAUUCAGAUUGCUCCGGUCUUUGCUUCGUAUGACCCACCCGCUGUCAAAGUAAAAAACUUUGACACCAACAGCAUGGAAUUUAGGACAGGCCUCAGCGACAGCAAGCUGGUGACUUAAAAUAAACGUUGACCCGGUGAGCCUGGAGGACAGGAUCCGCUUCCUUCCAUUUUGUUUCGUUUUUUUUUGUUUUUGUUUUUUUUUCACGUGUGGUUGAGGUGAAAUAAAAGAGUGCA